AUGCCUCGCAUCGAACACAUGUUAAAGGAUGGCGCGCUGAACGAGAAGUCAAUGUCGCGGCGUGGGCACCUAGCCGAAAGGGCGAUGGUGCUAGACAUGCGGUGGGCCCCGCUGGGUCUGCUGCCCCUGUCACGCCGCCUGCAGACGCUGACUGUGGCCAUGUGGAUGUUCACUAUCUUCGUGGGCCCGUGGAUCCUGUACCUGACAACGUCCCUGCUCCUGCUGCACCCCGUGCUGCGAUGGCCGGUGCUGCUUUACCUCGCCUGGCUCUGCCUCGACCGCAACACGGGCGACCAGGGCGGUCGGAGGAACGGCCGCGGUUGGUCCUUCGUGCGUGGUUGCGUGCUCUGGAACUACUUCCGGGACUACUUCCCCGUGCGGCUCGUCAAGACGGCCGAGCUGCCGCCCGACAAGAACUACCUGCUGUGCGCCUACCCGCACGGCGUCAUCGGCCUCGGCGUCGUCUGCAGCUUCAGCACGGACGCGGUCGGGGUCCGCAAGCUGUUCCCCGGCACCACGCCCAACCUGGUGACGCUGCGGCAUGGCUUUAUCGUGCCCUUCCUGCGGGAGAUGCUGCUGUCGCAAGGCAUCAUCAGCGCGGCCGAAUCCAGCCUCCGCUGUGCGCUGAGUGACCCCCGCGGCGGCCGGCUGGUGCUGCUGGUGGUCGGCGGCGCGCGCGAGGCGCAACUCUCGGAGCCCGGCCACUACCGCAUCGUGCUCAGGAGGAGGAAGGGCUUCGUGAGGCUGGCUCUGCAGCAGGGCGUCCCGCUCGUGCCCGUGUUCACCUUCAACGAGCACCGCGUGCUGUCCCAAGUGCACGGCUCCGCCAUGACCACGUUCAAGCAGUGGUUCCGCCGCGUCUUUGGCUUCCUCCCCGUCGUGCCCGUCGGCAGGGGUUUCUUCUCGUUCUUUGUGCCGCACCGGCUGCCGCUCACUGUCGUGGUUGGGGCGCCUAUCCCAGUUGAACGAGUGGCAGAACCGAGCCAGGAGCAGAUUCAGGAGCUGUUGGAGAAGUUCGAGAAGGCGCUAGUGGACCUUUUCCACGAGCACAAGGAGAAGUACCACCCCGGGGAGUACAUCCGCCUCAUCGUGGAGGAGUGAAAGUAUACUCAUAAUAAUUCGUAAGGUUUCAAGCGUGUGACUGACUCACCUUGAAUGUGGAGAAGUUAGUCGAGCAGCAGUCCACUGUGCUGCGCCAGAUGGCGGGGCUGGCCGAGAACACCCCCAUCGUGGCGAAGUGGCGGAUUACUCCCGCGAUGCGCGAGUCCUACCUCCCACU